UCAGAGCGUUCGGAGAGUGGCGCGGUGUUUCUCCGCUUGGAGACCAUCUCUGACAGAGCUUGCACUUUUCUCCGUCUGCGCCGGACCGUUUGUUUUCACAUCGCACCUCAGAUUCCCGACCUUGGAGGUGGAGGUCUUUCCUCUUCCUUGUCUCAAGCCCCCGAAGAUCUUGGCGUCGCUAGACCUGAACCACGGGAACCGGAAGUGUGUGCAGCAGCCUCGGGUCUCCCGGGAGUCGAUGCCGGAAGUAGCGAUUGCAACGGCAGGACUCCGCUAGCUUCACUAUGGCGGCUAUCCCUCCAGACUCCUGGCAGCCCCCCAACGUAUACUUGGAGACCAGCAUGGGGAUCAUUGUGCUGGAGCUGUACUGGAAGCAUGCUCCAAAGACCUGUAAGAACUUCGCUGAAUUGGCUCGUCGAGGUUACUACAAUGGUACCAAAUUCCACAGAAUCAUCAAAGACUUUAUGAUCCAGGGAGGUGACCCAACAGGAACAGGUCGAGGUGGUGCAUCUAUCUAUGGCAAGCAGUUUGAAGAUGAACUUCAUCCCGACUUGAAAUUCACAGGGGCCGGAAUUCUCGCAAUGGCCAAUGCAGGGCCAGACACCAACGGCAGCCAGUUCUUUGUGACCCUGGCUCCCACGCAGUGGCUUGAUGGCAAACACACUAUUUUUGGCCGUGUGUGCCAGGGGAUAGGGAUGGUGAAUCGAGUAGGAAUGGUGGAAACAAACUCCCAGGACCGCCCCGUGGACGAUGUGAAGAUCAUUAAGGCGUACCCUUCUGGGUAGACCUGUGUCCCUGGGGCACACCCAGGUCUUCUGAGACAGCCUGCCAAACCAGUUUCCAGAUGGCCUAGAAUGACAUGUAACUCUAAACUUCAUUUUGGUCUUGCAAAUCUGAGGCGCUGAGGAGCCUGGGGUCCUGGGUGAGUUAGAGAUGGAAGUAUUUUUUAAUAGGAUGCUUCUUUUCUCGUCCCCUGUGCCUCCAUUGUCAAAACAUUUGCAGAAAUGUCCAUACAUGAUUGUUCACAAGUUACUGCUCCCUGCAAAUGGUGCAUGCUGCCCCCUCCUGUGUGCAUCUCCUCGGUAUACUGGGAACAAAGGGCAGCCAGCCUCGUUUUGCAGUGCCUAACCAGCCUUUUCUUGCGGAAAUUUAUAUUCUGGCCUACACCAAAGUCUUUGGUGGCUGAGAGCCAGCCGUAGAAUUCAAAACCAAGUAGUGUCUGUGUAUCAGCCUUCUUAACUGUGUGCGCCCCCUAUUUCAGUCUCUUGAAUUUGUUCUUUCAGGGGUUGUGCGCAUGUCUUUCUCUAUUUUCCCUCUCAAAACCAGAACAUCAACACUGCUGUUUCUGACACUUAGACGUCCCACGCAAAGCCACAUUGAAUUUUUGCCAAGUGAAAAAUGCAUCCAACAAUCAAGUUUCUAAAAAGGUGUCAAGUGGGGAAUGAUAAUGUGUAAUAAUCGAGAAAUGAAUCUAUUAAAAAGAAGCAGAAGCAUUGACCAUUUUUUUUCCCCAGUAAGAAGUAGAAAUCUGUAGUGAGCAUAAGGGCAGACUAUGGAUUCUCCUUAAAAAGCAAUAUUCUCAUAAAGAAGAAGCACCACUUAAGUUUUUUUAACCUAAGACUUUAGAGAAACUAGAUGAGAGAUUUUUAUAUAUAUUUUUUAGUCUUUCUGGUUUUUUUAAGGGAGGGGGUGAUGAGAGAAAGGAAGUUAAUAUCUAUGUAAUACAUAGAAACUUCCAAAAUAAAAUACCACUGAUGGUUGAAA